UACAGCAGGCUUUUCAUUUAACUGCAAGUAACUAAAAGUAAGUUCACACUUGUUCUGAUUCACUCGUUGUUUUUUUUUUUGGACUUUGCAAUGUCUAUUGUGCGGCAAUCGGGGGAUGAGGAAAAGGAAGAGAAUAAGUCGUACAGGAAUGUAUUUUCUACUCGCUAUACCACAACCAUGGGGAUUGCAUUUGGGAGACAAACCACCAAAUUUAAUAUCCCAAUUCACGAUACUCGAGCCAUGUUGCACAGGAAUGUAAAACGUCACGAAGAUGACGCGCGGUAUGUUGGAGAGUUUGAUGACAACGAGAACGCUAAAUUUUUCAAGUAUACGCCGCUGUUUGACGAUUCAGAUAUUUGUCCCAAGGAUCCCAGCUAUACAAAAUUUAAGUGUCCCAUGGAAAUUGACUGUAAGGAACGAUUGAAGAAAGAUACUAUCAGAUAUAACAACCAGCUGAUGAAUGAAAUUUCAAAUCUUAUUGAUUACCAAAAGAACGCCCUGGAAGCCGCAUAUUUCGUUAAUUCCAAGUGUGAGGCAGAGGCCUGCAGCCACAUUUCAAGUACGACCUCUUCGAACGUUCUUCGAUAACCUUAAUGGCCAUUGAGUGUGGCCCUGAACCGCCACACCGCGCCCCCAUUUUCCAGCCGCGAAACCGUUAAAUGAUUAUGAAAAUUGUUGGCAGGCAGUGACCUCAGGGAGAGUGGAAAAAUUGAAUGGUCUGCAGUCAAGCUUUGGCAGCUGCCGCAGGUCACGCCCAAACAGUUUUCGAGGGUUUUACUUAACCGUGAAUUUAAGAACUGCCCAGGAGGAAGCAUUUGAAAAGGCGCAAUAAAAAGUGCGGAAUUAUGGCUGUAUCAUUCAAUUCAAUAAACCACCGUGACAUUUGCAUAACAAUUAAUCAUGAGGUAAU